AUGUCGACCGUAGCACCUCAAGGCGGUUCACAAUGGAACGCCGCUUCCUCGUCCAGCAGCAGCAGCACUGCGGGCACAUCGGCUCAAUCCAGUGUGCCCUUUGCUUUCGAUGCAGGUCAAAUCGCCGCUCAAGCUCAGAGCAUCUACAAUGCCACGAACGAAGAGCAGGUACUGCCAUUGUAUAGCAAGGUGGCCGAGUGGAUUCAAGAACAGACUCGCGGAGAAAGCGGCUUGAACAGCUUGGCAUCCAAGUUGGACGAUGGAAAGUUGUUGCAGAGCGUGGAAAAGGUCCAAACCGCAGUUGUCGCCUACUCGAUCGAUCAGCAAUCUCAAGAUGAGUCGAGUGGGAGCGGGAGUGGGAGUGGGGAAAGGGAAGAGGUAUCGCCUGAAGAAGUGGGUCAAGCAGCAGCUUUGCUCGCUCUCAAGGCUUUUCUCUCCUCUUCAGAAGGUAGCGGGUCAGAUUUGCACGGCAGGCUGGUCGCUGCAUCCAUCGCUCGUGCUGCCAGACUUUUCGAUGAGAAAUCUCGAUUGGGCGUGGUGAGCAAGUGGGAGGGUGAGGGUGAGGGUGAGGGUGCAGAGGCUGGAAGAGAAGCAUCGAUGCGGAGCGCUGCAGAGACGGCUGUAGGCUUGAUGUUGAAAGAUCCUUCUUUCGCUACCAUCGGAGGUGCCUCCUCUUCCUCCUUGGCUGGGCUAAAUAAGAGCGCUGCCGCUCGAUCGAUCAAGCAAUCUGUGCCCACUUCUGCUUCUACCGGUGCGCUUCAAACUUCCAUCAGCGCCAAUGCCAGCACCAGCACCAGCGCCGGUCCAUCAUCUACGCACCCAGCACGUUCAGCCUCUCUUUCCAGCGCCUCCAAUCCCAUUCGACCACCUCUACCGCUCCUCAAAUCUGACGCGCAUCGUCAAGCUCCCAAGUCAUCCCUCGAGUCCAACGGCAUGGCUCACCAAGUCGACUACUUUUGCCUGUCAGCGUUGAGCAUAGAGAUGGUAUCCGUCUUGGCCGCUUCUACAAUCAUCGCAAGAAAGAGGAGGAACAGGGUGUUUGAGGAUAUGAGGGAAGCGGGACUGGUCGUCAAUCAGGAAAUUCACACGGAAGAGACGGAGUUGUUGAGGAGGUUGGAGGGGAUAGGAGCUAGUGCGGGGCACGGCUUUGCAGACAAACUCUUGCUCGAGAGACAACAGCCUCCUCCCUCUUCGACCUUGGAAGUGCUCAAAUUCGUCUGCAAAGAAGUCUGGACUGCCAGCUUCGAAAAGCAGGUGGAUCACUUGCGAACGAACCACAAGGGUGUCUAUGUGCUGCAGGACAACCACUUCAAAACUCUUCGGCAUAUCAGCGCACCGCUCGGUCCUUCCGAUUCCGCCCAAGCAGCCAAAAUCCACCUCGCCUAUCCUACGGGAAUCGUUCGAGGAGCAUUGGCGCGACUGGGAGUGCAAGCUAGUGUGGUGGGCGAGACUUCACCUCAUCCGGGUCAGUUGAGCGCUUGCACUUUUCAUGUCAGGACCGCCUUGGCUAGCACACACAGCAGCAACAACAAUGCUGCUUCGGAAGUGCCAGCACAGCAGCAGCAGCAGAGGGUCUCAUCCAUCGCUUCUGUUGGUGCGAGAUGA